AUGGCGACAAGUCCAUUGCAAGCAAAGGCAAUGGAGAUAAGAAACACCAGAGUCAACUGGCAGUCAUAUGCUCAAGGUAGAAUGAUCACCCCGGACGAGUUUGACAUCAUCAUCAAAUUGGACAGUGCAGCUAGUAGGGGCGAGACUUUUAAAAAUAUGCCAACUCAGUGCAUAGCCACCUUACUCUCCAUGAUGUCCAAGAUAGCCAAGGAUCAAACCGUUCAGUAUCUGGUCACUCUAAUUGACGAUAUCCUUCAGGAAGAUAAAUCAAGGGUGGAACUCUUUAGGCAGUACGCCACGAAGAACAAAGAAUCAAUAUGGAAACCAUUUUUUGAUAUGCUACACAGGCCUGAUUCCUACACCGUCAAUCAGGCGAGUCGCAUAAUUUCGAAAAUAGCCUGCUGGGGCAAAAUUCCCAUGCCCUCUCAAGACCUCAACUUCUACUUGCACUGGCUCAUAAAGGAUCAACUGAGAGCCCAGGGUAACGAAUACCUGCAAUCUGUAGUUAGGUGUCUUCAGAUGCUUCUGAGAUUACCAGUGUAUAGACAGCACUUUGUCGAACUGAAGGGCGUGGAAACGAUAAAUGAUCUGCUUCACAGCAAAACCGGCUAUCAGAUACAGUAUCAGCUGAUAUUCUGUCUAUGGAUAUUGACAUUUGAUGUGUCCAUUGCUAAUAAGAUUAGCAGGUAUGCUGGAGUCAUCCCAGUGAUGUCUGACAUUCUGAGUGACGCUGCCAAGGAAAAAGUCAUCCGGAUCAUCCUCGCUACCUUUAGAAAUCUUCUGGAAAAGCCCUCAGAGAAAGAAUUCAAAACGGAUAACUCACUGGCGAUGAUAAGAUGCAAGGUUAUGAAGCAACUGUCACUACUGGAGACGAAGAAGUAUGAGGAUAUUGACAUAAUGGAAGACAUCCAGUUCAUCAGUGGUACACUGCAAGUGCAAGUGCAAGACUUGAGUUCAUUCGACGAGUACACGUCCGAGUUGAAAUCAGGCCAGCUGGAAUGGAGUCCUGUCCACAAGUCGGAGAAGUUCUGGCGCGAAAACGCCGGAAGACUUAACGAAAAAAAUUUUGAACUACUCAAAAUUUUGGCAAAGUUGCUCGAGACAAGCAAGGACCCGUUGAUAUUGUCUGUUGCAGCCCACGAUUUGGGCGAAUACGUGAGGCACUACCCGCAUGGCAAGACGGUCAUCGAGCAACUUGGCGGGAAAACUUAUGUAAUGGCCCUGCUGUCACACGAAGAUCCGAACGUACGCUACGAAGCUUUACUGGCCGUUCAAAAACUGAUGGUCCAUAACUGGUCAUACCUAGGCAAGCAGUUGGACGUACCUGCAUCGAAUAAAGAUGCCUCCAAAUGA